CUUAAAUGUGUUGGAAACAAUACAAGCUGUGUUGUCCCUAUCUGGACACAGAGAUGUGUUGUUUUCAAAACAUUCAUUUUUAGAGUCUACCAUAAUAGUUUAAGGGUUGUAUAGCCAUUUUGGUGGUAAAUUUGUCUCAUGCUGACAAAUAGGCCUACUGAAAUGGACUCAUACUUACCAAUUGACAUGUGACACAGAAAUUAACUGAAAUCUGCCUUGCCAUUAAAGAUCUAGUAAUUUGGAUGUGUAUCUAUGAAACACAUUACCCUGCUAUUCAAAAAUGCUGAAAACACAGAAACCCUAGAAACACUGUCACCCUUUGUAAACAGUGAUCUUAAUGAUUCUUCACAUUAAUUCCAAACCCCUCUGGCUAGUUUGUGUUAUUUUUUGCCAAAUAUGUGUUGGUGUCAGUCAGACAUACAAGUAAAUCUUUCACUAAUGGCUCAACAAUGAGAUAUCUGAUCAGAUUGCUCUGAUCAAUUUGGAUAAGCACAGAUAAAGUUGUUUUAGCCCCCAAGAUAAGCAGCAGGUAGAGCUCCUCCUUGCUUGUCCUGGAUGACAAAUCAGCAGCAGUCAGUGCAAGAUAGUGAGAUGUGCAACCUCAGGUUACCUCAUGCGUGCUAAACUCCAGGGCCCUGUUGGGUAAAAGGGCUUUGCAGAGACAGUCGGGCAGGUAUGAAGUAUCCUCCAACACCUCUCUCCAAAUCCCUGCUGGACAUGGAGGUGGCCAAUUACUCCGAGGGUCUGGAUCCCACCUACAGCACCUUGGGGUUUGAGAACGCAGACGUCCUCUAUGGAGGGGACAUCAUGCCGGCCGAACCCAACAUGAACCAGGGGGAUAAUGGCAUGAGCUCCAACUGUGCCAUCUGCGGGGACAAAGCCACUGGCAAGCACUACGGCGCCUCCAGCUGUGACGGCUGCAAGGGCUUCUUCAGACGGAGCAUACGCAAGAGCCACGUCUACUCCUGCAGGUUCAAUCGGCAAUGUGUAGUCGAUAAAGACAAAAGGAAUCAGUGUCGGUUUUGCCGUCUCCACAAAUGCUUCAGAGCCGGAAUGAAGAAAGAAGCGGUACAAAAUGAAAGGGAUCGUAUCAGCUCAAGAAGAAACCUACAGGAAACCAGUGACCUGCCCCCUAUCACCUUACUUGCACAGGCAGAGUCCCUAUCACAACAGAUCAACGUCAUCAACCCCACAGUGCCCCCUGAUGUCUCAGAGAAGAAAUCAGCUACCAUAGCUGACGUCUGUGAGUCCAUGAAACAACAGCUGCUCGUUCUGGUAGAAUGGGCUAAAUACAUUCCGGCUUUCAGUGAAUUGCCACUUGAUGACCAGGUGAGUCUUCUACGAGCGCACGCUGGAGAACACCUCUUACUUGGUGUGGCCAAGAGGUCAACGACCUACAAAGACAUCUUGCUUCUCGGUAAUGGUUGUGUAAUCCACCGGAACUGUCCUGAGGCAGAGAUCAAUCGAGUCGCCAACCGUGUCCUGGACGAAUUAGUCUUACCCUUCCAAGAUAUCCAGAUCGAUGACAAUGAAUAUGCAGCCUUAAAAGCUAUUGUUUUCUUUGACCCCGAUGCCAAGAGCCUUCGAGACCCAGCCAAGAUUAAACAUAUGAGGUGUCAGAUCCAGAUGAGCUUGGAGGACUACAUCAACGACCGGCAGUACGACUCGCGGGGCCGCUUUGGCGAGCUGCUGCUCCUGCUGCCCACCCUGCAGAGCAUCACCUGGCAGAUGAUCGAGCAGCUGCAGUUCAUCAAGCUCUUCGGCCUGGCCAAGAUCGACAACCUGCUGCAGGAAAUGCUGCUUGGAGGGAUAAGCACGGAGCAGCCCCACCUGCACCCCACUGGCCAUCCCCAGCUCGCUCAGGACCCUCACACUGGCCACACGAUCGUCAUCAGCUCCAUCCCACCUUCUGUGCAAAUACAGCAGAUCGCUUCUCCAGAGACCCCCAUCCCCUCUCCUCAACAGAUGCCCAGCCAGGAGAUGUACAAAGCAGCAUCUAGUCCCACCACCAUCCUACUUCCUGCCACGGACCAGAUGAAUAGACAAUCCCCAGAUUCUCCUCUCUGAAGCCUCUCUGUGCCUUUUUAGACAACUAACUUUAUAGAUAUCUGGAUGGCAUAUUUGUACAUGUUAGAGUCAUUUUAUUCCUAUUAUGCCUCUAUGCCUAUGAAUACAUGUGUUAAUUUAGUAACAUGCGCUGGGGUUGUUUGUUGUUACUUGUGAUGUAGCAUUUGUUUUCUAUGACCAUACUUAAUGUUUCUAUGAGUUGUAACUGUUAAGACAUGAUAACUGUAGCCUAUGUAAUUUUGGCUAGAUGUCAUUCAUGGGGACAAUAAGUCAAUUGUGAGCCCUUCUGUUUUUCACAUGCAUUCUGUGACAUUUGUGACUGCUGAUUAGUUUAGUUUAUUGACAUAUUUUUAAGAAGUUGUAAAGAAAAAGUCAGGUAAUUUAUUUAGUAAAUAUAUUAUUAUCGAUGAAAUUCUGCACAAUUUUCGAAAACUAAAUGCUUUGUACAUUUGCAAGCUUAUGAAUAAAAUGUAGCCUAUAGCCUA